AUGGGUAUAAAUAAAGAUGUCCCAUUCUCUGACGCUCUCCUUCCUCGACUUUGUUAUCUUUACCCCGAUUUGACCAACAUCUACCACCCUCGUCUCCACCACCUCGACGACUUCUACCUCGACUCCGGCUUCGUUUCAGGCUUCACCAUGUCCAACGACAGCGAUACCAUUUCUGAUUACCAAGAUGAGCGCGCCGAUGUUCUACACCCGCUUCCUACCCACUUUGCGAAACCAUCCUCUGACCCGCUGCCAUCCCAUACCCCGCCGACGACGCCAAAGCGGAAAGCAUUUUCCAUGCCUACGUGUGGCUCGAAGCCGACGCCUGUCCAGCCCAAGGGCUCCGGUAUGCUCAGGACCGGACAAGGCACUAUAGAUCAGGCCACAAAGAAAUAUAUCGACUUGACCCUGAUACCCCACGUGAAGCGCGACUUCACCGUCCUUGACUUCGUCAAGCACGUUUGGAAAUACAACCCACAGAAGCUGCUAGAUAUCCUCAGCAACCGCAACAAGCAGAAUUUAAAUCUGUCACUCUCGGGUGCUCGCUGUCGUAGGUACUGGGCGAGAGCUCAAAUGCACGAGAAGAUGAUGUACGACGAGCUCUGUGGGAUAUUUGGAGACCUCCUCCACGCCGUUGAUGACCAACGAUCCAUCCCCGCAAAUUUUAUCAACAUGCGGGAGCACACAGUCGAAGGAAAUUAUGGCUCUUAUAAGCCAGACAUUUCCUACUCGGUCAUCUCCGAUUGUACAAAACAGAGGUGGGAAUGGACAAUUUCUUGCGUGGAGGUCAAGCGAAACGGAGGAAAGUUCGACUGUGACGUUAAAGGAGAUGUCCCAAUUGAUGUGAAUAAAUUGAAAGACCUUAUUACAAAUCCGCCGGUGCGCAAGAGGAAGGAUGCUCCACACGAAGAGGAUGAGCUAAAUGUCGUAUCCGAGCGGCCCUGCAAACGAGCUCGAUCACACGACGUCGUUCUGCCUGGGGGCCCACAGACACGAAAGCGCAAGGAACCAUCUGAGAAAUUUGACCAGCUAGAGCCCCAAGCGAAACGAUCUCGAUCGCAUGCGGAGAAGGCAGGGGCAGAUGACGGGAAGAAGGCGUUGGAGCCAGAGGUCGACAUUGGGGAUGCAGAGCAGCUGCCGGAAUUCAAGAAGCUCACCGCGACAGAGAGACAAGCGGUGAAGUACGAAUUGGAGAUGAUGUCCCACGGAGUGCGCUCGUACUCUUCCGGACUCACAGCCGACGGCUUGAUCGUGCAUCUAUGGUACGCCGACAGGAUGGGCCUGAUCAAAUCAGAGCCAUUCAACUUUGUGGAGGAGCCACACCUUCUGCUUCUGGUCCUCUCAGCGAUGGGCUCCGCGGAUUUAGUAACGAUGGGUAUCUCUCCGUUCAUGACGUUCGGGCAGUUGGGCUUCCAAGGCUACGACAAUGCGUAUCUGGAGAUACCGGACCAGCAAGCUCUAGACAUAAACGGUGAUGCGAUGGGUGCUCUUGCUUUUGCGGUCGAUACCAGUCGGGGUAUUCUCACCGACUUUGGAAUUGUUGGCCGAGGAACAACCGUGGUGCCUAUCAACACAACCGCAAAUACUGCACAGUUUGGUGAUGCAGCGCUCGUGGCGAAGAUGUCGUGGCAGCCACAGGAGCGUGCAUCUGAAGCCUCUCUCGUCAGACUUGUCCGUCAGUCACUUGGGAAGAAGAAGCCAGACAUGCUGCAGUACAUUGUCGACCUCAAAUGUUCUGUCACGCGUUCGAUGGAGGCGAUGGGACUGCCGAGGGCAUUCUUGCCAGAUGCGCACUUGGACUCUGAAGACACUCGGGAAUUAAGACUGCUCGUGUUGACAAAGUACGAGCCGCUGCAAUCGGUGUGCAGCGUUGACGAGUUCAAGAAGGUAUUCACUGACGUCGUCAGAGCCCACCAUUAUGUCUGGAAAUAUGCACAGGUUCUGCACCGUGAUAUCAGUGUCGACAAUGUUAUGUUCCAGCGGAGUGGAGGCGGCGUAUGUGGGAUCCUGUGCGACUGGGACCUAGCGCUGCAUCAACCUGAUGGAGACAGCGACCAGCUUGAAUUCAAGACGCUGGUGGAAAUGCCUGUGAAGAAAGCCUCCGAGGAUCCCACGGAGGAGCCUGUACCGACGGACGCAGUUGCCCCAGCGACUGAGGUUGAAGCCAAGGCCACAGACAGACCUAACGAUCAAGCCAUCGAGAGGCCGGGAAAAGAGCAGCAGGCUGACCAGGCCGCGGAUGGAGACAAGACGCCAAAGACGAAACCUCGCUACCGCAUAGGCACGGGUCCCUACAUGGCACUGGACCUUUUACUCUAUGGCAGCAUGCCCUACCAUCGGUAUCGGCAUGACCUCGAGUCAUUUUUCUACCUGCUGGCCUGGUUCUGCGUGUUAUUUGACCCGGACAAGCACACAUUCCGAGAAGCGGGGUUAUGGGAAGCCAGCACGCUUGUUGACAUAGGCAGAGCCAAGAGAGAUUUCCUGCACGAACCAGAGGAGUACAAGAAGGUGAUGGCUAAAGCUCAUCCCAAGUACGCCAUAGUCACAAAGACAUGGGUCUCCCAACUCCGAAUCCUUGUUGCCCGGGCCAAUCCGAGUGCUCUCAGAGAACUGCGCAACGAGCGGGCAUUCCUGAUGGAAAGCGAAGAUACAGCAGAGGUUGCGCUCUGUGACAGUGCAAUUCGAACGCACAUUCGUGAGCGUAAUCAAGUGAUAACCUACGAGAAGUUCAUGCAAUGCAUCGGCGCAGAGCCUUGA